AGAGUUUUUUUCUGGUCUCUCAAAGGGGGUCGGUUCCAGAGGUGUGGCAACCUCGCGCUAGGUUUCAGCUGCAUCACGCAAGUCUGGUCAUACAUACUCCAGCGUGUGGUAUCGACGUUUGUAUCAGGGAUUGUGAAGCCAUGUCUGAUGAGGGAUAUGUGAUACGCAUCAGGGGUCUCCCUUGGUCCUGCUCAGUGGAUGAAGUACAGAGGUUUUUCUCUGAUUGCAAAAUUAUCCCAAACGGGGGAGGUAUCCACUUCACCUACACCAGAGAGGGACGCCCCAGUGGAGAGGCAUUUGUCGAAAUGGAAACCGAGGAAGAUCUGAAGAUUGCAGUAAAGAAGGACAGAGAAACAAUGGGUCACAGAUAUGUCGAGGUUUUUAAAUCCAACAAUGUGGAGAUGGACUGGGUCAUGAAGCACACUGGUCCAAACUGUCCAGAAACGGCAGGGGACGGACUUGUCCGGCUUCGUGGCCUCCCUUUUGGCUGCAGCAAGGAGGAGAUAGUACAGUUUUUCUCAGGGUUGGAAAUCGUGCCAAAUGGGAUAACAUUGCCGGUGGACAUCCAGGGGAGGAGUACGGGGGAGGCCUUCGUGCAGUUUGCUUCACAGGAUAUAGCUGAAAAGGCUCUAAAGAAACACAAGGAAAGAAUAGGGCACAGGUACAUUGAGAUCUUCAAGAGUAGCCGUGCUGAGGUGCGGACUCACUAUGAACCCCAGCGGAAGCCCAUGGGCAUGCAGAGGCCCAGCCCCUAUGACCGGCCCUCGGGUAGUCGCAGCUACAGCAUGAUGGGCCGAGGUGGAUCCUACGAAAGAAUGCGUCGUGGCGGCUAUGGAGGAGGUGGCCGUCAAACCGACUGUCUAUCCGAUGGUCGAUAUGGCGACAGCGGAGGAGGCGGCGGAGGGGGCAGUGGUGGCGGCGGCGGCUCUUCCUUCCAGAGCACAACGGGCCACUGUGUCCACAUGAGGGGCCUUCCCUACAGAGCCUCAGAGACAGACAUCUACAACUUCUUCUCGCCACUGAAUCCGGUGCGGGUCCACAUUGAGAUCGGCCCCGAUGGUCGGGUAACCGGGGAGGCAGAUGUAGAGUUUGCGACACACGAAGAUGCUGUGGCAGCCAUGUCCAAAGACAAAGCCAACAUGCAGCACCGCUACGUGGAGCUGUUCUUGAACUCGACGGCAGGUGGUAGUAACGGAGCCUACAGCAGCCAGAUGAUGGGCGGCAUGGGGAACCAGUCGUCUUACAGCAGCAGCCAGCUGAGCUCAGGGUACUCUGGUGGAUACAGCAGCCAGGGCAGUAUGGGUGGCUACGGUGACUAUAUUAGGUAACCAGGGCGGGAUGGGAAGCAGUUACUACGGCGGCGGUGGAGGCGGCGGAAGCAGAGGCUCAAUGAAUGGACUGGGCGGGGGAUGGGGAAUGUAGUUUCUUUUCGUCAAUGUUUUCUUUUUAACAGCAAUUUUGCUGGAAAGACUGGAAAUUCAAGUCUCACCUGGUAAACGCAGGGUGAGGACAUGAAAACAUUGAGGGGUUUGUAUUUUUUUUAAGUGGAUCUUUAGAGAAAUGAGAUAAUCUGGUGUCAGAGAGAAGUGUUGUUUGUCUUCCCCUUUCCUCAGAUUUAAAUGUUCAUUACAAGGUAGUGUCUUUUUGUUAUUGUAUUUCAUAAACCUUGCUGUUCCCAGAGGUUCACUCCAUUCACAUUAGUUUCAAUGUCUUGAGUGCAUGAACAAAAAGAUAGGUCUUUUAUCUAAUGUUAAGACCUUGUUUCCCCUUCUACAUAGUUUAGCUUACUUUCACCAUUUCCAGUUAGAAUGUUACAUGGUCAGAGCAUGUUCUGUUUUCUUAAAAGUUGUAAUAAUUUGUUUGAGGGCAAGUGAAUUUCAAAUCCGCUGACAAGAGUUUCUACUGCUUCAAAUGCUAUUUGUAUUUCCUGUGCACAAAGUGAAUAAACUAGUCUGGAAAAUA